GGUUUCUAUAGCCCAAUGGAGACCCGUCUUGUUAUUCCGACUCCUACAUCGGGAACUUCCAUCUGGUCAUUGCUACGUUCAGUCCAGUUCUAUGCCAAAUCAAUAGCUCUUGCUAUGGCGAAUGAUUUUCAACUUCUCAAUAAUUCAGGCACAAAAGCUCAACCAAUUGAAUCAGACUCCGCAGUUGGCUUAGAUGAGUCCAAACUUUACGAAGGUGUUCCCAUACAUGGACUAGAUUUUGACGAAUGGACUUCCCUUAUUUCAGAGAUUGAGAGAGAGUAUCCUGAUGUCAUUGAGAAGAUCUCUUUGGUGUAUGACUCAUUCUUGUCCGAGUUUCCUCUGUGCCAUGGAUACUGGAGAAAGUAUGCAGCUCACAAGACAAGGUUGUGCUCUGCGGACAGGGUUGUUGAUGUAUUCGAACAAGCAGUGCAAUCAGCAACUUAUUCUGUUGGUAUUUGGGUUGAUUACUGUAGUUUCAGCAUAUCAGCUUUUGAAGAUCCAUCUGAUAUUCGAAGAUUGUUUAAGAGGGCAAUCUCCUUUGUCGGAAAGGACUAUUUGAGCUAUAGCUUGUGGGACAAGUACAUUGAGUUUGAGGUAUCUCAACAGCAGUGGGACUCCUUAGCUCUUAUUUACAUUCAAACUCUGAGAUUUCCUACCAAAAAGUUGUCUUAUUAUCACAACAGCUUUAGAAAAUUGACUGCUUCUCUGAAAGAGAAUAUCCAAUCUGAUACUGGUUGCAAUAAUUCAAUGCCCAUGGAAUUUGAAGCUUCUCCGGAUGGUGAAGUCCCAACUAAGUGUACGGACACUGAACUGUCUUCUGUCAUUAAAGACCUUCUGGAUCUGUCUGCUGGCACAACUAGGUAUAGUUCACUACUGAAGUACGUGCAUGCUGGUGAAAAACUCUAUGACGAAGCAUGUCAACUAGAAGAAAAAGUUAUUCACUUUGAGGAUAAGAUCAGGAGGACAUAUUUUCAUGUAAAACCCCUUGAUGCUGGUCAACUGAAGAAUUGGCAUUCUUAUCUUGACUUUGUGGAGAUGUAUGGAGAUUUUGAUUGGGCGGUUAAACUCUACGAAAGAUGCUUAAUUCCCUGUGCUAGUUAUCCUGAGUUUUGGAUGCGCUAUGUGGAGUUUGUCGAAACUAAGGGUGGAAGAGAGAUAGCAAUGUUUGCUCUAGAGCGUGCAACAAAAACUUUUCUCAAGAAAGUUCCUGUUAUCCAUCUUUUCAAUUCAAGGUUUAAGGAACAAAUAAGAGAUUUAUCGGGUGCACGUGCUGCUUUUCUUCAGCUUGAUGGAGAUUUAGAUUCUAAGUUUGUGGAGAAUAUCAUAUUGAAGGCUAAUAUGGAGAAACGAAUGGGAAAAUCUACAGAAGCUUUUAAUAUUUACCGAGAAGCCCUGGAGAUGGCUUUGAUGAAGAAGAAAUUGGAUGUUCUACCAGCUCUGUAUGUACAUCUUUCUCGACUUAAACACAUGAUUACAGGAAGUGUUGAUGCUGCUAUGGAGGUCUUAAUAGAUGGGAUCCGAAAUGUACCUCUCUGCAAAUUGCUUCUUGAGGAACUUAUAAACUUCGUAAUGGUCUAUGGAGUGCCAAAGCUUAUAAAUUUAGUUGAUCCCAUCGUAGCUAAUGCAAUAUCUCUCAAGGCAGACGUAUCUCAGGGUUGGAGUGAGCAAGACAGAGAGGAUAUUUCAACUCUGUAUUUAAAGGCUGUUGACUUGUGUGGAACCAUCCAUGAUGUAAUGAAGGUGUGGAAUCGGCAUAUUAAAUUGUUUCCACAGUCUAUUAGAGUAAUGCCAUAUAAAGACCCCAUCCAGGAGACAGAAGCCAUAAAAAUGACCGUGGGAGGAAAACAAACAACAGAUACCACUGUAACCUACCAACCAAUCAGAGAUGGCCAUGUCAAUCCAUCAAAUCAGCCUCCUCUAGAAGAAAAUAAACAGUCUCUGUUAGAUAACCAAAACUUCAAGAAUGACCAAUCUUCCAAUGGGAAUGAACCAACAUCCUGUUUACUCGUAAAGCGUAAUAUUGCUACGAAAGAGUCUACCAUCGACCAGAUUAAUUUAGGAGAUUCUGAAAUUGGUGCAGAGGAAAGGGAGCAGGAAAAUUCUCCAAAAGUUCUUGAGCAUUAUGGAAGUGGUGGAAAUCAGAUUGAAUCGGCACAAAUGCGAACGCCCAUGGACAACUCCAAAAAAGAUGAGUGUGGUGAUGCUUUGGGCGUGACCUUGAAAAAUCUUUCAAUUGGGAGUCUUUCCUUGAACGCAAAGAACAAUGACAAAAUAAAUUUACUUUCCGAAGCAUGUCACGAAGGGGAACCUCCCCUGGAGAACAGUUUGUCUAGUGAAAGUGUCAACAAUACAGAUGAAGAGGUUGUAAUGCACAACCCUCUAAGUGUCGGAUCUUCCGGUUCCAUCCAGAUUUCCAAUGAAGUGGUCAGUCCAUCAUCCUCUCCAAGUCCCGACAAGCCUACACACACCCAAGUACAUUCGCAGUUUCACAUGCAUCAAACUGGGGACAGAAAAUGGCACCAUAAACGUUAUGCCGGUAACUUGCGUCAUGACCCCCAGCAUCAUUUUCAAGGACACUCUCGAAGAAGGCCUCAUCGAACAUGGAAAGAUUCUCCUCAGGACUACCGAGGAAUGCGAUCUGGUCAAACACCAGGUGAUCAAGAUUAUACCUCUGAAUCUAUUGCUUCACAAAAACCACAAGUUGAACGAAUCAGCCAAGACAACAAUCAUAUUCAAUCUGGGCAGCAGCAGAAUUUCCAUACUACUUCUCAGUCUCAACUUCCUUCUCAAGGUUUUACUCAAGAGAAAUCUCAAUAUACUACAUCAAAUGACGAACAAUAUGGUCACAUGCAGAGUGGUCAGGCGCCAAAUACCUAUGAACAGAUGUGGCAAUAUUAUUACUAUCAGCAACAGCAGCAGUAUCUUUUGCAGCAGCAACAACUUCAACAGGCACAGAAUUUUCAGCAACAGUAUUACCAGCAGCAAGUGCAAAUGCAACAACAGUAUUUUCAAUCGCAACAACAAUAUCCUUACCAGCCUGUGGAAUUACAACAGCAGUAUCACAUUCAGCAGCAAUUGCAACAAACGCAGCAGCAGCAACAGUUACUUGGUCUUCAGCCGCAAGAAGCCUCCCAGACAGAUCAGCUAUCAUUCCAACAACAUGAGCAUCAGCCAGAAGAACUGGAGGAAGCUGAACAAAAGCAACACACAAAACAAGUUUCUUCGUUGUCUAUUCAGAUCCAGGCUGGUGAACGUGACCAUCAGGAUUCUUGACUAAGUAGCGAUAACAGCUGAUCUGAGGCAUAACAACCAAAUGAGUCAACUGUGACAGGCGCCCUCGAUGGAUACUCAGGUACUUUAAAGGAACACCAGGAGAAGGAUUAUACUAAAAGAAAUCCAAGAAAAGAAUUAUUGAAGUCUUCACAAAUGCAGAUCGGGCAAGCUCAAAAAUUGAUCGAAGAUCAUCGCACCUUUGUGUAGGCUAAUCUAGUCACCUGGAGAAGAAAAAAACAAGUUGUUGUAUCUAGGAGCAGUCCUGAAGCUGAAUCAAGGGCCCUAGCUCAAGGCAUAUGUGAAGGAAUAUGGCUCAAAAGCAUCUUAUCAGAACUAAGACUCACUACAAAAAAGCCAAUCAAGGCCCAUUGUGACAACCAAGCAACCACAAGUAUUACUAAAGAUCCUGUCCACCAUGACCACAUAAAACAUGUAGACAUUGAUCGACUCUUCAUCAAAGAGAAGAUUGAAAACAAAAACAUAUCUCUCAACUACAUACCCACCAAGAUGCAGAAUGCUGACAUACUUACCAAAGCCUUACUCAAGAACAGUUUUGUUUCUUUGAAAGAUCAAGUUGGAUUUAAUCAACAUAUACAAUCCAGCUUGAGGGGGGUGUUGAAUAUAGGAAAUAUUCUCCCGUUAAAUUCAGUAAUUCUUACCUUUUCCAAUUGGACAUUUUCUGUAAGAAUUUCUUCAAAUUUUUCUUUAUGACCAUUUUUCAUAUUUCCUUGUAUAAUUAUUUUCCCCUCUUUGAAUUGAGGGUUGUGUAUCAUUAUAAAAAAUAAGAAAAAUUUUGUGUGUUUAGAAAA